GGGGGAGCGGAGAGGCAGGCGGGGAGCCGAGGGCGGCAUGUCCCAGGCCCCGGGAGCUCAGCCGAGCCCGCCGUCCGUGUACCACGAGCGGCAGCGGCUGAUCCUGAACCUGCCGUCGCCCGUGUCGCUGGGGCUGCUGUCCCUCCCACUGCGCCGGCGGCACUGGGUGGCCCUGCGCCAGGUGGACGGCAUCUACUACAACCUGGACUCCAAGCUGCGGGCACCCGAGGCCCUGGGGGACGAGGACGGUGUCAGGGCCUUCCUGGCAGCUGCGCUGGCGCAGGGCCUGUGCGAGGUGCUGCUGGUUGUGACCAAGGACGUGGAGGAGCGGGGCUGCUGGCUGCAGACGGGCUGACUUGGCGCCCAGGCCUCGUGUGGCGCCACGCUCCAAGUGCCAGGAGGGGGGCCUGUGCCCGGCCCAGCCCUCUCACCCUGCCCCCUCCCCUCAACCUCCCACGCCGCUGCUGCCUCAAUAAAUCUGCUGAUUUGCUCUGGC